AAUUAACAAUUAACAAUUUGCACAUAUUAACACGUAACAACAAUUCGUGUCGAAGAAUACGAUGUUCCCAGGCGCAUAAUAAACACUCGAUUAUAAUGGAAAAGAAUAUUUAUAUUCUUAUCUAUGUCAUAGAAAGCAAUGAAGAAUGAAUAAAGCAGCAAUGACACAGCCUUUUGAAUAUUUGAGUAAUUAAUGAGUCAAGUUCAUUGUCGCGUUGUGUAGGAGACAAUUAUUUUUGAUUUCGAACUUGAUGUAAAAAAGUCGUUAAGGUUUUCAAUUGCGAUUAAUAAGAAUAACGCAAUUAGCUAUGCAAAAACCCUGAGAAAAUAUAAUCAGCAGCUGUAAAGAACAGUGCUUGUGCAAAUAAUAAAAAGAGAAAAAAAUUGAAAAAACAAAAACAAAGAAACCAAAACUAAUCAUGUUUAAUGGCAGAAUAGACGCAACAGCUGAAAAGAAUCGCUCGCUGAACGAUCGUCCUUUAUUCAUGCAAAAUGGCAGCAACAACAAUCGACGCAUUUCCGGCCUGAAUGAUGUGGAAGUAAGCAACUUUCGACGGGCCCUGCCACAGUUUCUAGCUGUUAGUAUUAAGAACAUAUUGCUAUUCGGAUAUGGCAUGACUCUGGGCUUUCCCACAAUCGUAAUACCAGCGAUACAGGGCGGCGAUGGACGCAGAGGGGGGCAGAGUGGCGAUAUAGUACUUAACAAAGAUGAAAUAUCGUGGUUCAGUUCCAUAAAUUUAAUUUGUGUGCCGCUGGGUUGCCUCUUCUCGGGUCUACUAACUCAGCCGCUGGGCAAGCGAAGAGCAAUGCAGUUUGUCAACCUGCCCAUACUGGCUGCCUGGCUUUUGUUUCACUUUGCCACGAGCACGGAUCAUCUGUAUGCGGCUUUAUGCUUGGCUGGUCUCGGCGGCGGUCUCAUGGAAGCACCCGUGCUGACCUAUGUGGCCGAGAUUACGGAGCCCAAGUACCGUGGUAUUCUAUCAGCGCUUGGCACCACCUGCGUCAUCACUGGCGUCUUCGUGCAGUUCAUCUUGGGCUCCCUGAUGGACUGGCGCAGUGUGGCAGCUGUAAGCGCCGCUUUUCCCGUAAUAACAAUUGUAAUGCUGUGCUUUGUGCCCGAGAGUCCCAUCUGGCUGAUACGGGAGCAACGAUUCUUGGAAGCGGUCAAAUCACUGCAAUGGUUACGCGGUUGGGUGCCGGAGCACAUGAUCGAGGAGGAAUUCAAUAAGCUCUACGACGAGCUAAUCACCCAGAAGGCCAUCGAGGAAGCGGCCGAGGAUGUUGGAAUCGAUGCUGCUGCGGCGACUGGACUACGAUACAAACUGAGCAAACGUUUCCGAAUGUGGCGCAAGCGAACCUUUCUCGCACCCUUUCUACUUGUCUCGUUCACGUUCUUUACGGGCCACUUUUCGGGCAAGACACCGCUGCAGACGUAUGCCGUGCAAAUCUUUCAUACUUUGAAAGCGCCAAUGAAUAAAUAUCAUGCAACCAUAUUGCUGGGCGUUGCCGAGAUGCUGUCAACCAUAUUGGGUGUGACACUGAUACAUUUUACGGGCAAACGACCACUGGUGCUCGUCUCGACGGUGGGCACCGGUCUCUGCUUCCUUGGCACGGCGACCUAUGCGCAUUUCCUCAACGAUGUGCCCGGCUUUGCGGUCAACAAUGUGGUGGUCAAUGCAUCGGAGCUUGUGCCCAAGGAGAGCAUCAUAUCGCAGGCGAACAUAUCAAAAAUAUUUGAAGAUGAGCAACAGCAGCAGGAACUAAUGAUGCUGACAACCAUGUUGCCCGAACUGGAGUUGGAAACGACGACAAUGGCAAUAUUUGAUACCACAAUGGAGGCAAUGGAGUUAUUCACUAAUCGCAGCAGACGGGGGCUGGAAACCACAAUGGAACCAGAAUUUGAGGCAACAACGAUGCCGCCCGAAGUUGCCGUUGCAGUCAGUGAUAUUCCGACGCCGUCGAAGCCACCCAUUGCAGAGGAUCUGCUGUUGACUGUGCCAAAGCAGGAGCGCAAUUAUUUGGUGUGGGUGCCGUUGAUUCUGUUGCUGCUGUCCGCCUUCUUCUCGCAUCUGGGCAUACGCAUGAUACCCUGGGUGCUCAUCGGUGAGGUCUUUCCCGCCGAUAUACGCAACAGUGCGUCAGGAUUUGCCGGCGGUGUUGGCUACGUAUUUGGUUUUCUGGCCAAUAAGCUGUUUCUGGUGAUGAUCAGUACAUUGACGUUGCCGGGCACAUUUGCGUUCUAUGCCAUGGUUGCCUUCAUUGGCUUCGCUGUGCUCUACUUUACGCUGCCUGAGACCGAAGGUCGCACCCUGGGCGAAAUCGAGGCACACUUCUCCAAUAAGUCGGAUAUGAAUCUGUUGCGCAAGCAGCCAAAGCAGAAAGAUAGUGAAAAGCAGCCAAAUCUGAAUCUGAAUACAACAAAUAAUGCUGUCAUGCAAUUGGACAAUCUGCAGAAUCUGCAUAUACCAAUUAGUUCGCAGCAGCAGGCAAAGAUAAUUCAUUUGCAACAGAGCGAUUUUGCGCCACAGACGGGCGGUGGUGCGACCAACCUCGCCUUUGACGGCAACACCAAUACCACACACCUCUAAGAUCUAAUAGAUAUACAUACCGUUGUAGUAAUUUUGAUGACAUUUUGACAAUCCAGCGAUAUUUUUAAGCAAUAAAGUAAUACUUUACUUAGUUAUAAUAAAAAUUCUUCUUUCA